CACACCACUACAUGAAUGUCUAAAUAAUGAGGACUGCCUUUAUGAAGAACACCGCGAAAUGGCAAUGUGCCUCAUGGAACAUGGCGCAUUAUUAAUAAAAGACAACAAAGGAAAGACGCCUCUUGAUUUGUAUGAUAAGAAUAAAUGUGGUGAAUACGGCGGUCGAUCGAUCAGACGAGAGAAGAAGGAAGAACUGAAAAAGUUACUUUUAGACAUGACACUUCCUGCACAAAUUAAAGCCAGAGGAAAAGAUGCAGUUACUGCAUUCGUCAAUGAAAUUGAAAAAGGUGAAAUGACGUUGGUAAAUAGCAGAGUGAUGUUUCUAGGAAAGGAAGGGGCUGGUAAAACCAGCCUUGUAAAUUCCAUCCUUGGAAAGCAGUAAGUGAAAUUGAAGCCUUAUUUUAUCUAUUUAAAUAGAAAGGACAGCUUGGUGUUACAUAUAUCUCAACGUUAUUGAAAGGAAGCUGACUAAUUCAAGCAAUUUUAAAUUACUCUAUUUCAACAAUUCUAACUAAAAUUAUGUACACUUUUAAUAAUCUUUGUUUGUAAAUCAUCUUUUCAUGAAUGAACCGCUCCUUGACUGCUUUCAAA